AUGCUGGUGGCUGAAGGCAAACCUGGAAUAGGUGAACUGCCGCUUGCACAAUCGACAAAGCCUAAAUACAGUGCAUUUCCUAAAGCAAUGGGAAGUGCAGUACCAUCUUGGGUAGCUUUUGAUAAACAGGUAUUAUCUUUUGAUGCCUAUGAAGAAGAUGAAGUACAUGAUAAAAGGCAAGAAAAAUAUAGAAUAAGACGCUAUAAAAUCUUCUUCUACCCUGAAGAUGACACAAUUCAAGUAAAUGAACCAGAGGUGAAAAAUAGCGGACUGCCUCAAGGGACUUUUAUCCGGCGUCAUCGAAUUCCUCUCCCACCUCCUGAUUGUGAUCAGUUUUAUACUGUGUAUCACUUCAAUAUCAACAUAGACAUUGUUUUUUAUGGCCGGACUUUCAAGAUUUAUGACUGUGAUGCAUUCACAAAAAACUUUUUGAAGAAAAUAGGAAUCAAAUUAAACCCUCCAGGAGAGUGUCCAGAAGAUCCUUACACGAAGAUGAGGAAAGAGACACUAGAAUGCGUCCAGCCCUUACGUCCCUAUGAGUCCUUCGACACUCUGAAACAAUUCCUCGAGUAUGAUAGGAAGGUUUUGCGUUUCUUCUGCCUGUGGGAUGACUCAGUCUCAUUGUUUGGGGACCGCAGACAACUCAUCUUGCAUUAUUUUUUGUCUGAUGAUACUAUCGAAAUCAAAGAAUUGCUGCCCCACAACUCAGGCCGGGAUCCUAUGUCAUAUUUCCUCCAGAGGGGAAAACUGCCCAAGUAUGGCCCACCUGGAGUCUAUCAACCAGGCGAAGUAACAGAUCGCGUAGUUCUCAAUGUGUAUAGUGGCUAUAGAGUGAGCCGAGUGCAUGGCUACCUGUUGGAUAAAUACAAGAUGGGAAAAUUAGAACAAGAGUUUUACAAAGAUAGUGACCUGUCCGUAGGAACCACCAUCAAUGUGUGGGGAAGGAAAGUACUCCUUUGUGACUGUGAUGAGUUUACAAAGACUUAUUAUAAGACAAAAUAUGGAAUUGAGAACUUUACCUCAAUUUCAUGCAAGCCUCCAUCUCCUCCAAAAAUAGAAAGGAAAUUUCCACCUUACACUGGCUUUGGUUCUGAAGAAGAUUCUCUCCGCUCUUGCAUAGGCCUUGUACCCAUACCUCGUCCUAAUCUGGAGGCCUUCAGGAAGUUCAUGGAAAUAGACAGCUAUGACAACAUAAGCAAUAUACUCCGGUUCUUUGCAAAGCUGAUUACAGACAAAUGUGCCGACCAGGACAGGCUGUUUAUUAUUUCAUAUUUUCUCAGCAAUAAUACAAUUUCAGUGUUUGAACCCAUAGAGAAGAAUUCAGGGAAUGCUGGUGGAUUGUUCUUGAAAAGAAUGCGUGUUAAGAGGCCUGGACAAGAAAUCUUUAAAAGUGAACUAUCAGAAUAUAUCCAGCCCGAGGAGCUGUAUAUUGGAGCCAAAGUGAAUGUGAAUGGCUACCUGUUUAUUUUGCUCAAUGCUGAUGAGUACACCUUAAAAUUCAUGGAGGAGAAUUCAGAUAGGUUUCCUUUUAGCAACCUUGAACUUGCACUACAAAAGCUGAAAGAUGAAAAAUCAAAAUCCAGAGAGAUCAAGCAGGUAUUUAGGGCUGCUGACUGUAAGGUCACGAAGAUGGUGGAUUAUAAUACAUUCAGAGACAUACUGAUGGGUAUAACUGUAGGGAAACUCACAGAGCAAGAAUUUAUAACCAUUGUACGUCACUAUGGGGUGCCUGACGAACCGUGUGUAGAUUUGAAUCUCCUAAUGGCAAUGGCCCAUGAACAGCUCAAGAAAAAAUUUUUUGAGAAUUUUGAAAGUCUCAUUUCUUGCUGUAUAUAUGAAGAUCGAGAAAAGAAAAAUGUAUUACCCAGCAAAGACAUCAAAAGGCUGUGCAAGUCUUCCAGGUUACCUUUGACUAAUGAUCUUCUAGAGUCCUUGGUGUCCGAGUUUGAAGACAGUGAAAAACAAAUCAAUUAUCAGUCAUUUUUCUCUGCCCUGAACUGGAGAAUAAAUCGGAUGCCUGAAUUAAUAGCAAUAUCACCCUUGAAAGAGAGAUGUGAAGAUGUGUGGAUUGGGAUGCCAUCACCUAUUCCUUCAAAAUACGUUAACUAUUUUAAAUUUCUAAAGGACGUGUAUGGCUUAGACGUGGAGUAA